GGGAAGGGGCAAGCGAGUCGGGCGAGAGAGAGAGAGAGAGGGAUGGCGCCGGAAGACGGAGGAGGAAACGAGAUCCAAUUCCCGGCAUUCCCCUUUACGCCUUAUUCGAUUCAGACGGAAUUCAUGAGAGCUCUGUAUGAUGCCAUCGAGAAGGGUGGCGUCGCCAUGCUCGAAAGUCCAACAGGGACUGGAAAAACCCUCAGCAUUAUAUGCAGUGCUUUGCAAUGGGUUGUCGAUCAGCGAUCACGUCCUUCCACCAAUGACGGUGCGACAGCGAGAAGGGAAGGGCAGGCCUCAUGUGGGGAUCCCCGCGAUGCUGACGGUGACGAACCAGAUUGGAUGAGGGAUUUCGUUCCGAAAAUUGACGACGAGCGCACUAGCGUUCGUCAAGGGCAGCAAUCGAUUCAACAAAGAACUAAGAAAUCGAGGGAUGUAAAGGGCAUAGGCGAGAUCGAUGGAAGUCGACGAAACUUAUCCGGUAAAGGGUUCAAGAAGAAAGCGGAAGGAUUGGAGGACAAGGAAUUGGAGUUCUUAGUGGACGAGUAUGAGAGCGGUGAGGAGGAGGGGGCGGUGAAGAGGAAGGCGGCUGGGGAUGCAAGCGACACUAGCAGUGGGGAUGGUGAUGAUGAGGAUGAUGAGGAAGCGGCUAUGAAAGUUUAUUUCUGCAGUAGAACGCAUUCUCAGCUUUCUCAGUUUGUGAAGGAAUUGCGAAGGACUGUUUUUGAUUCGGAGUUGAAGGCCGUCUGCUUGGGUUCCAGGCAGAAUAUGUGCAUAAAUGCAGAUGUUCUAAAACUUGGCAGUUUGAAUCGGAUCAACGAGCGCUGUUUGGAGCUGCAGAAAAACAAAAGCAAAGGAAAGCCUAAAUGCAGAAUAAAGGUAAAGCAUAAUGGUAAAUCGAAUCAUGCUAAGCCUUCAUCUGGCUGUCCCAUGUUGUCAAAGAGAAAGUUACAGAAACAGUACAGAGAUGAGAUGUUUCGAAUGGGUGCAUUAGAUAUAGAAGAUGCUGUGCAGCUUGGACACAAGAUCAAUACCUGUCCUUACUAUGGGUCAAGAAGCAUGAUCCGGGCAGCUGAUCUAGUAGUCCUGCCUUAUCAGUCUCUUUUGUUGAAAUCUUCUCGUGAAUCACUGGGACUAAGCCUGAGAAACAGCAUAAUCAUUAUAGAUGAAGCUCACAAUUUGGCAGACUCUCUUACGAAUAUGUACAACUCAAAAGUGACAAAAUCACAGCUGGAACAUGUGGGCUCGAGUCUAAGGCUGUACCUGGAAAGGUUUCAGGACCGUUUGGGAGCUGGAAAUAGGCGAUAUAUCCAAACCAUCAUUAUUCUUGUUGAGUCUUUCCUUCAGCUGCUGCUUGGUGGGAAGGUUAUCGAGUUUGAUGAUACUAGCCCUGUUAAAGGCAACGAUCGAAUGGUCAAGGAGAAGCAAUUUUGUGAUUAUUCUAUGGCGAUCAAUGAUUUCCUUUUUUCACUAGAUAUUGACAACAUUAAUUUUGUUAAACUGAUGGAGUAUAUAAAGGAAAGCAAUAUCAUUAAUAAGGUCAGUGGUUUUAACAGCAAAAUGGCUUCCUCUAGUGAAGACUCAGCUACUAAUGAUGCUUAUAAGGAUGGUGCUGCUAGCAUCCAAUCUAGCUUCCAGGCUAUUGCAACUUUCUUGAUCUCAUUAUCAAGUAGAGACUUUGAAGGGAGGAUCAUAGUUUCAAGGCAAAAACUAUCCUGUCCUGAGCAGCAGGAUGAGGGGUUUCUGAAAUUUGUCAUGCUUGCUGGAGAAAAAAUAUUUUCAGAGAUCAUGGAUGAAGCUCGUGCCGUUGUUUUGGCUGGUGGAACACUUCAGCCCAUAGAGGAGAUGAAGGAGCGGCUCUUUCCAUGUUUACCCAAGGAGCGGCCAUUUUUUUCCUGUAAUCAUAUCGUCCCUUCAGAAAGUAUCUUGCCAAUUGCAGUCUCUUGUGGUCCAACGGGUAGGACAUUUGAUUUCAGCUAUCAUUCAAGAAGUUCUACUGAUAUGAUUGAAGAGCUUGGGCGUUUGAUUUGCAAUAUAUUGGCUGUGGUUCCUGAAGGGAUCAUAGUGUUCUUUCCAUCAUUUGAAUACGAAAGAAAGGUCUAUGAUGCAUGGAAGUCGGCAGGUCUUCUGGAAAGAAUCCAGAAGAGGAAGCGACUAUUCAGAGAGCCCAGAGGUAGCGUGGACGUGGAAGCUAUCCUAAAAGAAUACAGGGACGCUGUGACAGCAUGUAGCAACAAGGGUGCAACGACAGGGGCCGUGCACAACGGUGCACUGCUUCUGGCUGUGGUGGGAGGAAAGGUCUCAGAGGGAAUCAAUUUUAGUGAUGGGUUGGGCCGGUGCGUGGUCAUGGUUGGUCUUCCUUAUCCGAGCCCUUCAGAUGUGGAGCUGAUCGAGAGAAUAAAGUACAUUGAAGGUUCUGGAUCAUCUGAUUAUGGGACCACAGGUUGUAGCAGUUCCAAUUUUGACAAUCACAGGAUUCGAGGAUACGGCAGGGACACGAGCCUGGACAUACUGAGAAGCUGCAAGCUAAGGGGGAGGGAGUACUAUGAAAAUCUAUGCAUGAAAGCUGUGAAUCAAUCAAUCGGUAGAGCGAUUAGACACAUUGAUGACUAUGCUGCGAUAUUGCUGGUGGACUCACGCUAUGCAUCCAAGAAAAGCUCAUCUGAGCCGCCGGUGAAGAAGCUCCCGGGGUGGAUAAAAGCUCGUCUAGUUUCUGUGACAGCAAAUUUUGGGGAGGUGUACAGGCUACUCCAUCAGUUCUUUAAGUUUAACAAACAGAGGGUGGAAUCGAGGCGCUGCCCUUAAGAUUUGGACAGGGGAGACUAGUGAGCUAGCGGAGCUUUGAACGCGGAAGGUAAUUGGUACAAAGUUGGGUUGUAAACGUAUCGAUGCAGGGGGAGGAGGAAUGUGGUCAGAUUGGGUGUGAAAGGGUAGAUUGUUUGGGAGUUGUCCCACUUUUCAGCUCAUCACGGGGUCCACCUUCCUGGUUUUACAGCGGCAGGUAAAAAUGGUCUAGCCUUCUUAAGUACAAGUUUACCUUUUCCAUGAAAAUCCGUUUUCAUGAGAAUUGCCUUUCCGGGAGAUGGAAAGUCGCUUUAAAGCACAUGAAUGGAGGGGAAAAGGAUAUUCUGUAAGACUGUUUUCAUGUAUUACAUUUUUUAUUCUUUUCCCAAUUAGCAUUAUAUCUUAUCCCUUUUAGAUA